UCGAAAUGUAUCAAUAGCAAUAAAAAUUACCCAGUCAGAUGUCUCUUCUUGACACUACUAGUGUCACUUUUACAACCAUUUGACACUUGGGUCUGUCCUAUGGGUAAUUACAAAUUUGUGUUUGCGGUCAUAAGCGCGGCUGGAAACUCUGGAUUCAACUAUGGCUUCCAAGGCUCCAUCCUCAACAUCAUCCCAUCGGUCGUGAUAGACUGGUACACCCAGAUCCGCAUAGACCGCAAGCUAAACCUCGUGGGGUUUUACGACACCGAGGUCUUCGCCCCGUUCAUUCUCGCCUGCUUCUCCCUAGGAGGCAUCUUCGGUAGUCUACUCGUUUUCAUCUGUGCCCAAUUCAUCGGUCGCAAAAACAGCAUCAUCUGCAGCAACUUCAUCAUUUUGAUGGGUUUGCUCCUACAAAGCCUUGCCUAUGUAACCGAGUCGUACGAAGUAUUCAUAAUCGGGCGAUUCUUGACCGGUUUAUCCGCCGGCUUGCUCAGCGGGGUAGCCCCCAUGUACUUGGUGGAGAUUUCCCCGUACUGCGUCCGCGGCACCGUGGGUAGCGUCUACUACGUCAUGGUGGCGGCGGCUACAGCGUUGGCGAACAUCCUAGGUUUGCACCAGGUCCUAGGGUACUACAACACCUGGCCGUGGCUCUACGUGUGUUGCUUGCUCCCGUCGUGCCUCCAAAUCGUGACGAUGUCGCUGUGCCCCGAGAGCCCCCGAUACCUACUCAUAGACAAAGAAGACGACGACGAAGCCGAAGAAGCGUUGGCUUGGCUGCGGGACGACGAAGACAUCGACCACGAAAUGAACGAAUUGAGGGAGGAAGCGGCCAUGUUGAAGGACAUAAAUCGGGUGACGUUCGCGCGGUUGUUCAAAGACCAGACUUUGAGGUCACCCAUGAUCAUCACCACGGUUAUCUUGAUGGGGCAACAACUUUGUGGCGUGGAAACGAUGUUGCACUUCUCGGUCUUCGUGUUCCACAUGAUGGGCUACAAUCUUGGAGAAGCGAUCGAUCUUUCGAUAGGACUGGCCUGUGCGAAUCUAGCGUUGGCGAUUAUUUGCAUGAUCAUUGUCGAUAAAGUCGGACGCAAGAUUUUGCUUAUGGGUAGCUUAGGAGGGAUCAUUAUGAGCUCGGCCGUUUUGUCUCUAACCGUCUUACUUAGGAGUUCGAGCGAAGGAGUGGAAGACAUUAUUCACUUGUGUUCGUUUUUCGUUUAUCUUUUCGUGGCAAUGUUCGCGCUUGGGGCAGGUCCCAUACCGUGGUUUUACGCAGCCGAGCUCAAUAAUCAACUGGCCCGACCAAUGGUCAUGACCAUAGGUUUAACCCUCAACUGGCUCAUCCAGUUCGUGGUUAUCAUGACUUUUCUGCCGUUGCAGGUUUCAGUCGACAACUACGUGUUCAUGAUUUAUUUUGGCUUCGACAUAGCAGUUAUCGUCUUCGUUGUGUUGACGAUGAGGGAGACAAUGAACCUGGAAUCCAUAGACAUAGCGGAGCUAUUUUACUAACGCCAAUUUGAAAACACGAUGGAAGGUAAUCAAGUUGAACAACAAAAACUAGAACGAAUAAAAACCUGAAACAAG